UAUUAGGAUUUUUGCUGUAUGGGAUAGAGCUAUUACAUCGCCCUAAAAUGCGCAGGAAGCACUGCAGCACAUUCGAUAAUAUGAACGAUUGUAGCCUCAACAUAGAGUACCUCAUACGAGAUUUAGGUUGGCAUCUGUAGGACAUCAUUCUGUGUCACUUGGCUGAAACAGCUGUGCUCAAGCUGGAGGAUCAUGGGACCAAUAAUGCAGGAACGUACAACAUCCACGACGCUGAAACGCGUGGUUUCCAAAGAGAAGAUACGUACGAAAAAUUCAGAAAAUAACGGACCGGUAAUGAGUUCAAAGAAAGCAAACAAAGUUAAGAAGGCAGGAAUUCAGCAAAAGAAAAUCCUUCCCGGGCCUGGUCAGGACAAGGACAAUGUGUCUACACUUCAGAGUGGCAUUCAUCCAAUGGGAAGCAGAAUCAAAUCUGGAACUGGUCGAAACACUAGCAAACUGGCAAGCCCUCAAGAAGAAGGAGGCUUGAAGUCUAAAUUACACCCACACUCCUCACAGAGACAGGAAGAGAAGCGAGAGGUGCAGCGAAUGUCCCGAUGUUGCGGUGAGAUGGAUCAGAACCAUGGAGCCCUGGCCCAAAGUCGGAAAGCUCUCUCCCUACCCCUCUCCCCUAUACUUGGGCCCCGCCAGGGGCCAAUGCGUCUACACACCAGCAGUCAAGUACCCACCCUGGAGUCUCUCAGGCAGUUUGAGCAGAACGAAGAUGAUGCAGACAGUGCCAGUGACCUGUCGGAUUCGGAGAGACUGCCUAUACUCCCCUCCCCCUGUACCCCCUGCUCACCCCCCCAUCUCAACCUCCGCGCUGAAGUGAUCAAUUCCAACGACUUCCCGCCAGCCUUCCCAGGACCACACUGGACCACGAGUGACAGCGUCAGCUACAGCUACCCAGACUUCCUGCCUCCUCCGUUUAACACCUGGAGCCUCCGCCAGCUGGCAGUGUUCCUCCACACAGAGGGCAAAGGUGCGCCUCGGCCCAAGCCUGUAGGACCCCUGGAGAAGUACCUGGAGAGACUGCUACAGCUGGAAUGGCUCCAGAUCCAGACUGUGCAGGAAGAGAGCUGCCGCCCGGCAGGGAGCCGUCCCAGGUCUCUGGGCUUCCCAGCUGCCUCCACCAGCACCGUCAACCCCCCUCGGCCGCACACGGCGCCCACCAGCCGCCUCAGCUCCCCUAAAGACCUGAGGCAGUGUUCGCGGACCUUUCCGUCGACCCCUCAUAACAACCCCCCCUCGCUGGGAGCACAGCAGCUUCCUGUCUGCCCCCACUGUCACAUCCGCUACCCCCUGUGCAACGGGAGCUGCUCCUCAUAUGUUUAUCAGCGCCACUCGCGUCUGAGUCCUCUGCUAGAGCGCCGAGCCAGGCCCAGUGUUCCUCCAAAGAGGAGCAGCAGCGAGAGUCGGGUGACUUCCUCUGAUGGCAGGGCCACAAGCCUCAACGGAGGACAGACCCCACACAGCCCCUCUGCAGGAAGAAGCCACCUCAGACACAUGCAGGCGGUGGGCAAUAUCCGCAAACCUGCCCAGGAGCUUCCCAGUAACAGUAAAAGUCAAGUGGGCGUGAAAAAGGGCCGUGCCAGAUAUAAUUGGGAAGCCGAGAGGGGUAAGGAGUCCUGCGUGGUGGUCAAGGCAGAUGUGGGCGUGGAGAAACGCGGCACCUCCACGAGGGCUGAGAAAGACUGUCGGAGAACAGAAUCAAGAGGUCAGGCAUCGAAAAGUGGGAUUAAAAGAACAGCAAAAGAGCCAACCUCUCUUUCCAAGGCAGCAUUGUCUGCCAAGGCAAAUGAAAAAUCAAAGAAUGUUCACUUUGUUCCAAAGUGACCAUAUUUAGUAAGUCGUACAGUAGCUUAAAACUAUGCUAGAUACAUAACAUUUAUUUUAUUUUACAGCUGUCUAAAUCUCUAGUCUAGUUAGCAGCCUUUUAAAAGGUCAAGUAAAACAAUCAUCUCAUAAAUAAAUAAAUUCAUAUAGAAUGCAUACUUAAAAACAUAUUAAGCCAACGUUAUAUUGUAACAAUCUUGCACUUUUAACAAUUUUGGUUUGGAAUAUACACGCACACCUUUACAUGGGGCUUGUACAAUGACAUUUGAUGUUAGUAUAUUAUGUGGGGUAAUUUUCUUUGUUGGGUAAUUUUUUCUCAUACAUAUCUUUUUCUUCGAGAGCUAAUCUAUCUAGGCUUUUAGGCAAACUGAACACCUUGGCUCAAGGCACUUUGCACUGCACAGACAUUUUUGUCAGUACAGGUUAUUGACAACACAUCGGCCUAUGUCUUAUUACUCAUUAGAGCUACAGUCAUUGGGCUGAUCUUUGAGGAUGGAAUGUAUUUGUUCCUUUUAUUCUCUUUUUAUUUGAUGUUGCUUGCGAUGUUUAUCAUGUGGUUUUGGUGCCUUAUUGUUCAGUUUAUUAAGAGCUAAAUUGGGGUCAGAUUCUGACAUAUAAAUGUAUAUGUGCGGUUUUCCUAUGCAUGCCAAUUUUAUGUGCUUCUCAUUAAUUGGUAUGCAGGCUUGCCUUAUGCAGGCGUGUAAUUGGCUUUAGUGCUUCCCUUGCACGUUCUGAAUAAAUGUAAUUCAAUCGCUGGAAAACACUUACUGGCCAACAUAAUUGUUUUAUUCAAUAGAGCUUUUAGUACAUUUAUCUAAAGCCAUUCCUUUAAAUACAGUGUACCUUUUUAAUAAAUUGUUUGCUGACAGUCUCGCUUGAAUAUGAAGACAACUGCUUCUGAAUAUUAGCAAAGAAUGAAAGAUAAACCCCUACUGGUGGUCAAUACUUCUAGUGGCUUAUAUUUAAAGACGUAGUCCACGAUUUUUGGCCAAAAAGAGACCCCGAAAAUUGUGUACUAUGUAAUUUAUGUGCCAGCUUGUGCUCCGUGUCAUCUAAACAACUUAUUUUGAUGGCUAACAGAUAUAUAAUACUGAUUCUACUUAGUUUAUGUACAUAUUCCAUAUCUAACCUCAAAUGAAAGGUUUAAAUAAUCACAGAAGUCUACAUCUUUAACAUAAUUGAAUUAUAAUCCUGGCGAUGGGAUACUUUAGCAUCCACAGAGGUGCCAUGGCUUGUUGAUGGCUUAUCUGACCAACAACCACUUCGAACUGUCAGGUCUGCGCAAAUGUAUUCAAAGUUUCAUUUGGUGUAAAGAGCUGGACUAAUGAAGCAAUUAAGUAAUGGUCUGAAUACAGUGGAUCUGUAGACCUCUCCCUUUUUUGAUUUCCACCCCAAGAAUAGAUGGUUAAACAUGGGUCACCUGAAGGUCAGAAAACACCUUCAGAGAAAAGUGCUUUAAUGGGGAAGUUUAACUCAGGUCAGAAUUGCGCCCUUGUUGAGUAAAGACACACUUUGUGUUAUGCACUACUGCAUUAUAUUAUUAUUAUUAACCUCCAGCAUUUCAACACAUUUUACAGAGAAUAAUGUUUUAUUUCAGAGUAGUUUAAUUUAGUCAUGAGGCUAAGAGACAAAAUUGCAGUUUGAAAGCAAAUUUUCAGCAAGUGUAUACUCUAUACACUAUUUAACAAUAUCUACUCCAUAUGAAAUACAAUUUCACUAUGUUAAUACCAAUUUAAUAUUGUUUCUCAAAUUGCUCCAUAAAGGGCAUUCUUGUUUGAAAACUUUAAUUGACCUUGUCUAUUAAAUAUAUUUUGCAUUGGGCAGAGCUCUUUUUUUGUUCAAGAGAGACAGUGUAAUGUUUGCUAUGAAUGUAAAUGUGUAUUUUUCAGAGAUAUAUAUAUAUAUAUAUUUAUGAUAUAUUGGGUUAAUAAGUGUGAUUCUCAUUUGUUAUUGGAAUUGUUGUUACAGUUUGAAUAUUGUUAGUAGAAAAAUGAUGCAAAAAAUGAUGAAUGUAUUUUUAUUUUGUUAAUUGUGAUGUAGUUCAGU